CGAAAAGUACGGCUGGUUGACUGGAGAAGCCAAGGGAUGGAUUCGUGGGUCUUUUUCUAUGCUGAUCUUAAGCUUGGAUGUUUAGAAAAGUAGCAGAAAAGAGUUUAGAAAAAGGAAGGAGCUGAUUGCGAAGAAAAUAUCGUGGGAAUACAGUAACAAUGACGGAUAGUGAGAAUACAAGCGAAGAGAUUGGAAAUGAAAUACACGAAGCGCAUCAGUCCUCUGGCAAAUCAGUGGACAUUCGCAUUAAGCAUCUCUAUAGAGCUCAAGAGUUGCUGUUACAUAGAGAUAAAAGCAGUUCUCUUCUUGAUAAUUUCCUCGAUGAAAUGCUCGAAUUCGUAGUGGAAAAUGACUCGAAAAUGCGUUGCUUCGUUGCAUCCUUUAUCGAAAAAGCUUGUAAAAAGGACUGUGAAGUGAUGAAAAAAGCUGUUGUCUCGCUUUCAUAUCUUAUUCAGGCUGCUGGCGUGGGAACGGUUUCCGUUAUUAAAAAGGUAAUCACAGUAUGCUCACAAUUAUAUCCAUUAAUUUUAAAAUGGGCAGCUGGAUCACGCAGUGUUGAGGUUGCGCGAUGUUGGGAAGCUUUUUCGGUGCUGAAAGGGCGUAUCAUGCAGCACAUCGAUUCUGAUAAUGAAGGCAUACGCACCCAAACUAUUAGAUUUUUGGAAGCCGUGAUCCUUGCGCAAACACUGCGAACGGAGGAAAGUGAAAAAGGUCGUGGUGAUAAUAUGUGCUUAAAUGAAAUUGGCCGCGACCAUCGAUUUAUCUCAUAUCGUAAAAUGGAAAGUGAAGCGACGUUAAAUUUUAAUUCGUUGCUUGAUCAUACUUCUUCGGCUCAUAUAUCUUCGCUCAAUUUGUUAACGUGUUUGACUUGUAUCUGCAAUAUCGCUCAACAGCGUCCGCAAUUUAUGCAGAGGGUUGUUGGAGCUCUGGAAGCUUUGCACGUCAAUCUUCCUCCAACUCUGGCAACGAGUCAAGUGAAAAGUGUGCGUAAGGAAUUAAAAAUGCAUCUUUUACGCCUUCUGCGACAUCCCAGUAGUAUACCAUUUCAUCCAAGAAUAAUGAUACUGUUGACAGAUUUAGGAGCUGCGCAGUCGGAAGUUUUACGCGCAUUACCAUCUGCGAGUGAACAGCGUAAAAAAUCUCAUCGAAAUAAUGAAAGCAGUGAUGAACCGGAAACAAAAAGAAUGAAAGGUGUCGAGGAAAUUCCAGCAGUCGCUGAAAAAGAGGAUGAUGAAGACGAAGACGAGGCUGGUCCAAGCGUGUCUAUGGAAAAAAGUCAGACUCAGUCUGCUGUUGAUAUUACUGCCCAAUUUGUCUACGAACGAUUGAAACCAAAACUGGUUACAAACUUGGUUCUUACAUCCCUUGUGACACUUCCAGACGAAAUGCCUGCAGCUUUCCAGUCAUCGUACACCCCUAUUGCUGCAGCUGGCACAGAAAGUCAGAUUCGGCACUUGUCACGUAUGAUUGCAACACAGUUAACUAGUAUGGAGUUAGGUCCAGGAGUCGAGAAAAUUCGAACAGAAAGACAACAGUUUAUCGCUCGUCAAACCGGAAGAAUGGAAGGUGCCGUCAUUCUGCCGACUCCGUCGCAUCAAUUUACCUCUGUGCAGCAAAAUCAAACGCAGCAAUCUGAAUCUGUUUUAUCAGCAAAGACUAAACCGAAGAUUCAAUUUGGACUGCUUUCUAUUACGAAAGAGUUAGAUCGAGAGCAAUCACUGAAACUUAUUCUCCUUGCAUUUAAGCGGAUAUUGGCUAACGAAAAAAGGGCAAUCCAAGGUGGUGUAGGUGUUGCUCAACAGAAACUAUUGGUGAGGCUUGUAACUCGUUUCAAUCAUGAUUCGUGUGCUGAAUUUGAAGAUCUGCUUAUGAAUUUUAUCGUGCAGGAACAAAAAUCACGAACUGAGCUGGCAUUACUAUGGAUAGCAGAACUUUAUGCGCAGUUUCAAGGAUAUUCCUUAUGCCGUACUUCUUAUGCUACGGAAGAAUAUCGUGGUGAAUCGCUGCGUUACAAACGUUAUGAUGCAGUUUUGUGCAAUUUGUUGAAGACAUUAUUUGAGCGGGGAGAGCACAAAGAAACUCUUUUCCAUAAAAUCUUACUGGAAGCACCUCUGCUAACACCGCAAUCUCUCGUAUGGUUACGAACUGCUUGCCUUGAUUCGGUAUUUGGGGCAUUUGGAAUGACAACUUUACGUGAAUUAAUUUUAACCCGAGCAAGGCAACGAAAUGAAUUGCUCUGUAUACUUUUGGACUUCUCAUACAGUGACAGAGCUGAUGUCCGUACACAAAGUAUUGAAACAGCAAAGGAACUAUAUCAAAUCGAUUACGUCAGAGGUGAUGUCAGGGAAUAUUUAAUCUCUUCAAUAAAUUGUUGCACAAAAUCAGUUCCGCCAUCGCAACUUUAUGCUUAUGAAAAAGAAAGUGUCAAAUCUUUGUGGAACGACGCAGCAAUACGCAUUACUUUGAACUUAUUUCUCUCCAUUCUUCCUCUUGACCAUUCAUUGAUACACACUCUGGCUGCUGUUUAUGCGAAAUCUUCAAAUGAUAUAAAACGGGUUACGCUGCGCACGAUUGAUAGUGCCAUAAAGUCGAUGGGUGCAGCAAGCGAGCAUUUAUUGGAAAUGAUUGAAAAUUGUCCACAAGGAGCUGAAACAUUUGCUGCCAGAAUAGUACAUCUUCUUACUGAAAGAAAUCCUCCAACUCAGGAUCUUGUAAAUAGGAUAACUGCGCUGUAUGAACAAGGAAGAACCGAUGUUCGCUCAAUGAUACCGGUUUUGAGCGGUCUCGAUAAGGAUCAAAUAUUAAGCAUUUUGCCCAAGUUCGUUGUAACUCCAGUCAAUCAGAAAUCAGUACCUGUUGUAUUCAACAAACUCUUGGCAGGAAGGAAUAUCAAAACCGGCCUUCAUCCGAUGGGUGCGGGUGAACUACUUAUGGCGCUGCACAAAAUCCAUGUCGAAAAUAAAGAGGAAAAUAAUUUAUUGUUGCAGAAUAUCGAUGUUUUAUUAACACAACUGACGGCAUCAAAGGAUGCUAUUGGUUCAGCAAUUGAUCAGCUUUGUGAUGAUGGAAUCUUCUCAGAAACAUUAUUUUACACUGUUACACGCUCACAUAAAAUUUUCCCCGCUUUGGGUGGCUUCAUUUCAAAUGUAUUGGUGAAAAUUGCAAAUAAAAACCAUGGAAGAACGAUCCAGAUUUAUGGCCCCAUUUUGUACGCUGUGCUGUUGCAAAUGCUCCACAUUCCUACUUUGCAAUACUAACAGGUUUAACACAUAACGAAUUUGAUGAGUUGUUGCAACAGUCACGAAAAGAAGGUAAUGAUGUACUGGGAUCAUUACGAGAAUAUGUCCCAUCAUUAUCGGCGCAUCAACAGAAAAAAAUUGAUCAUCAUGUUCGAGAAAUCAUUAUGGAAUAUCGACCACCAUCAUUGCAAGAAGACCAAGGAUGUGUCCAGAGGUAAAGUACAGAUCGGAAAACAAGGAGGAUGUCCAAGGAUCUCAGAUGAUAUUAUUCAUUAUUAUAUUGUUUUCUUUUUGUUCGAAGUUCAUAAUUGAGGAAAACAAUAAAUUAUCGUAC